CAUUUGUAGUACUACUAAAUAAUUGAAGUGAUAUAUACAAUACAUACACUCCUCCCUCUUCUCUAUUCAUGUUUGAUUUGACACCUUUGGUUUUAUACUUUAAUCCCAAUUCUUCAUUACUUAUCUUUUUUAUUGCAUAGAUUGGUGAUUGGUCUCUUGCAAAAGUAGCCAAAUCUGCAAGAGGGGUUUCUUUAAUUCAUGGCCUUUGAGCACUAUCUUACCCAGGAAUGGGAAGGAUCAGAGACAGAGACAGUAAGUUGUGAUGGUGGUUUUGAUUGCAAUAUCUGCUUGGAGUUUGCACAUGAACCAGUGGUGACUCUAUGUGGUCACCUUUACUGCUGGCCCUGCAUCUACAAGUGGCUCUAUGUGCAAAGUGCUUCUCUUGCACCUGAUGAGCCACCACAAUGCCCUGUUUGCAAGGAUGGCAUAUCACACACAACAAUGGUUCCUCUCUAUGGUCGUGGCCCAAGUGACUCUAAUUUGAAGGUACAACAUAAAGAUGUUUUGAUACCACCAAGACCAACUUGUUCUGGUGCUAAAUCUCUCUUUGCAGCAUCUUCUCAAAGUAGUGGCCAGCAGCUUCCAUAUCGCAAUCCUUAUCAGAAUCAAGAUUUCAAUCAAGAAGAGGAGCAUGAUGAUGAGACAUCUCAACAAAUGGUCACUAAUCUUGGUGGUGCUACCAUGGCAACAGGAUUCCCCCACCUUGUGUUUGGGAUGUUUGGGGUGGGAAGCUCAGCAAAUUCAUACAACAACCCAAAUUCACCUCCCAGGUUUAGAAGGCUAGAGAUGCAGGCUGACAAAUCAUUGAACAGAAUUUCAAUUUUUCUCCUUUGCUGCUUUCUUCUAUGUCUCAUUGUGUUCUGAGCAAGCAAUUGGGGCUAUUUUCUGUUUCCCUGUUGUAUAAUUUGUCAAGAGGCAUGGGUGUUAGCAUAAGAAUGGAAUAGGUUAGUGUUUUUUCUUUUCUUUUCCAAUUUUUGUAUGUUAGAUUAAGUGUAUGUUUCAAAACUCUGAAGUUUUCCACAUGGAUAUCAGAAGCAGUAUUGCCAAAUCAAAAAGUAAACAAUCUUUUAGCAA